AUGGAGGAGAGAUCGCGCAACGCAGCAGAGAAGCUUAGAGCUGUGGAAGAGGAGUCGCGCAACGCAGCAGAGAAGCUCAGAGCUGUGGAGGAGAGGUCGCGCAAAGCAGCAGAGAAGCUACGAGCUGCCAGGUCGGAGGUGGAGAGGCUGGUGAAGGCGCUUAGAGCUGUGGAGGCUGCCAAGCGUCUACAGCGCGCGCAGGAGCAGCUGUUCAUGCUCUCCGACGGAAGACGAGUUCCGGUUAAACUCUUUGGCGACCUGGAUGUGAUUUUCCAUUGCCAAAGAGAUGUGCGCGUGACGCUCACAUGUGUUGGUGUUGUGCCGGGGUUGGUGCUCACAGGUGUUGGUGCUCUGUCUGGUUUGGCGCUCGACCUUCUGUCUUUUUCACGGAUACAGGAAAGGUACGACAUCGUCCUGAACUGGCAAGGGGCGAAGACUAUGGGUGGGCAGGUGCAGUUCACCAAAAUCGCCCAUGGCAACUACAUCCAGGCAACCCCCGUCGAUCCACUGCCUACGCCCUCUGCGAGUCCCGCGGAGAUGAGGCGGGCUAGAGCGGCGGCAUCGGCGGCGAUUUCAGCGGCGACGACGGCGGCGCCCGAUUGGUCGUGUUUUCCCCGCAGUGGCAUCGGGGAGGAUGGCAGGAGCGCCCGCGUUGGCGACUGGAGCGGCGGCAUCGGGGGCAGCUCCAGCGGCGACAGCGGCGACGGCGGCGACGGCGGUGAUGUCCGGUGGCAGUGUUUCCCCAGCGCCGGCGACGGGGGGGGCGGCCGGAGUCCCCGCGGUGGCGGCAGGAGCGGCAGCAUUGGCAGCGGCUCCAGCAGCGACGGCGGCGGCCUCUGGCGGCAGUGUUCCCCCGCGGCGACGGCGGCGGCGGCGGAGGUGGCCGGAGUCCCCGCGGUGGCAGCAGGAGCGGCAGCAUCGGCAGCAGCUCCAGCGGCGACGGUGGCUACCUCUGGCGGUGGUGUUCUCCUCGCGACAGCGGCGGGGGGAAUGGCCGGGGUCCCUGCAGUGGUGGCAGGAGCGGCGGCAUCGGUAGCAACUCCAGAGGCGACGACGGCGACCUACGGCGGCGGUAGUGUUUCCCUCGGAGCGACGGCGGCGGGGGGAAUGGCCGGGGUCCCUGCAGUGGUGGCAGGAGCGGCGGCAUCGGUAGCAACUCCAGAGGCGACGACGGCGACCUACGGCGGCGGUAGUGUUUCCCUCGGAGCGACGGCGGCGGGGGGAAUGGCCGGGGUCCCUGCAGUGGUGGCAGGAGCGGCGGCAUCGGUAGCAACUCCAGAGGCGACGACGGCGACCUACGGCGGCGGUAGUGUUUCCCUCGGAGCGACGGCGGCGGGGGGAAUGGCCGGGGUCCCUGCAGUGGUGGCAGGAGCGGCGGCAUCGGUAGCAACUCCAGAGGCGACGACGGCGACCUACGGCGGCGGUAGUGUUUCCCUCGGAGCGACGGCGGCGGGGGGAAUGGCCGGGGUCCCUGCAGUGGUGGCAGGAGCGGCGGCAUCGGUAGCAACUCCAGAGGCGACGGCGGCGACCUACGGCGGCGCCGAAGCAGCGGCAUCGGCGGCGGUUCCAGCGGCGACGGCGGCGGUGCCCGGCGACACUGUUAUCUCCGCGACGGUGGCGGGGAGAACGACCAGAGCGCCCGCGUUGGUAGUUGGAGCGUCGGCAUCUACGGCGGUUCCAGCGGCGAUGGCGGCGGCACCUGACGGUGUUGUUUCUCCCGCUGCAGCGGCGGGGAGAGUGGCUCGAGAGCCCGCGCAGGUGGCUACAGCGGUAGCAUCGGCGGCUCGAGUGGCGACAUCGGUGACGGCAACACCCGCGACCGCGGCUACGGCACCGACCGCUACGAUGGCGACCGCCUAUGACGUUUCCCCCACCAUAUCGGUUGGGGAGGCGGCCAGCAACCGAGAAGCGGUGGUCAACGGCAUCGACGACGGCAGCGAUGAUGGCGGUUGGUGCACAGGUGAAGUUGGUGACUGCUGGGAUGACAGCGUCUGUAGCGAGAGGGGGGCGUCCACGCACCCUUUCGAUCCCGGCAUCGUGUGUUCAGGGGUGCGCGACACCAACGAUCCCGGGGAGGACGACCUGGUCGGUGGCUCCGGCAGCAGCAGCGGCAGCGGCAGCAGCGGCACCAGCACCAGCAGCGGCAGCAGUAGCAAUGACAAGGCAGAGGGGAUGGAUGUGGCCUGGUUUCGGGCACUGCUGCGCCCCUUCGACCCGGGGAAGCUGUACCGGCUGAAGGCUGGGAGGGUGGGGCCGGUGAUGGGGGUGGACACCCCGUUCGACCGUGGAAAGAUGUCGAGGGGGCAACGGUCUGGGCGCCCGUGUUCGCGACCGGAGCAGCGGCAGGAGGACCGUGAAGCGGAGAAGGGAGUUCGGAGGAUCGGGCGAGUCCAACGAUGA